AGAGGAGCCGAGGAGCCACGGGCCUUCUGGGGCAGGGAGUAGGAGGAAAAAGGUGUUCGUGGAGUUGCCAUGGGAUUUGGCAAACGAAUUUCUUCACAAGGUUUGAGAACGGCAAGUCAGGAACUUGAGUCACGUUGCAGUUGGCCUCAGAUGCCUUGACCGCAAGACAGCCUGGAGACUGGACCGUGUGGGCUAGAUGGUGAGGGUUACACACCACUGGCCAAGAAGUCCCGGGGGCCCGGCCCUGCCUUCACUGGGUGCAUCGUGGUCUUCUGAGCGAAUCUUCCUGGGGGCAAAGCCUCGCCCUCUGUUGGUGACUUCAUUUCACUGGAAAUUACUAAAAGUGAUUUGGAGUCAAGUUUGGUUGGAUGUUGGGCAAUAUUGUUUUUGCCCAAAAGUGACUAAAAUGAUCAUAAUGUCAUGAUGCUGACUUUUCUUUGGGACUUGGUAAAAUGGCUCUUCAGAUAUUUUUGAAGAAGGAAAGAUUUCACUCAGGGUUUGCUUUGGCCCCAAAGAGGAGGUUCUUGAGGAGAACCACCAGCCUCUGCUGCCCUUCACUUUGUCAGCCUGGUGCUUCUGACUCCUUGCCGGCUCCCUCCCCACUGAUAUCAUCACCCCAAAGGCGGCUGCAUCCAGGUCCUGACUAGGAAGAGACAUACCAAUGUGCCAAAUGGUGCUCCCACUGGGGCUAGAGCAUUGACCUUCAGCUAGGGGGAUUUCUGCCUUCCCAGGGUACAGACUUCCAGCAAAGUCUGGAGACGUUUUUGGCUGUCACAACUGGGAGUCGGGGGUUGUCAGUAGAAUCCAGUGCAUGGAGUCCAGGGAUGCUGAUAAAUAUCUUGCAGCGCACAGGACAACCUCCCACAACAAAGAGGACCGGCAGGAAGAUGGGCUCCCGGGGACUGAGACUCGUGCUGGCAUGCUGCCUGCUGCUGGCCUUCGCCUGUGGCCCGGCGCUGGGCCGUGUGCCACGGGGCCCGCAGGAGCUGCAGGAGCGGGAGGGGCCCAGGGAGCCGCCGCUGGACCACGCUGAGAGGGAUGAAGAAAACCAUGAAAAGUACAGCCCCAGGCAGGGUGAGGAGGCCCCUGCUUCCCGGUGCUUUCGCUGCUGUGACCCUGGCAGCCCCGUGUACCAGGCCAUCCCCAUGCCGCAGAUCAACAUCACCAUCUUGAAAGGUGAGAAGGGUGACCGGGGAGACCGAGGCUUGCAAGGGAAAUACGGCAAGACGGGCUCCGUGGGCGCCAGGGGCCACGUGGGCCCCAAAGGGCAGAAGGGGUCCAUGGGGGCCCCCGGGGACCGCUGCAAGAACCACUAUGCCGCCUUCUCAGUGGGCCGCAAGAAGCCUCUGCACAGCAACGACUACUACCAGACCGUGAUCUUUGACACGGAGUUCGUGAAUCUCUACGGCCACUUCAACAUGUUCACGGGCAAGUUCUACUGCUACGUGCCGGGCAUCUACUUCUUCAGCCUCAACGUGCACACCUGGAACCAGAAGGAGACGUACCUGCACAUCAUGAAGAACGGGGAGGAGGUGGUGAUCCUGUACGCCCAGGUGAGCGACCGCAGCAUCAUGCAGAGCCAGAGCCUGAUGCUCGAGCUGCGGGACCAGGACGAGGUCUGGGUGCGCCUCUUCAAGGGCGAGCGGGAGAACGCCAUCUUCAGUGACGAGUUUGACACCUACAUCACCUUCAGUGGCUACCUGGUCAAGCACGCCGCGGAGCCCUAGCCCGGAGGCCCCGCGGCCCCACGCUGUGCUCGCUGCGGCCCCUCCCCAGGCCUGGCUUCCCCACCCCACCGCCCCGGCUUUGCGGCCUUCUACAAGACGCCCCUCAAGGAAGGGGAAGCAAGAGCAGCUGUGCUUGCCGGCCACGCAGGCUCCUGGGUGGGCUUAGCGGGCAGGCACCUGCGAGGAGUGGUGGGGGGGCUUCCAGCUCCCCUCCGUGCGCAUAUCCUUAGGCGACCCCGCGGGCAGGCUGCCACACGGCAGGGUGUCCCAGAGUCCUCCUUGCUCCCAGGGCUGGAAAUAAUGAGGGAAAUGCUAAAGUGUGUGAAAGGAGCAAAGGCAAGCCAUGUGGGAAAAGGGAGGUGUAAUUUUGCCUCUGCUCCAGCAGCACUGACUCCCCGGGGAGGCUGCUCUCGCCUGACUUGCAUGUUCCAGAAGACCUGAAGUAGUCGCGGUGGGCCAUGGGGGAAGGGGUGGAGGGCAUGGGGACCCUCUUAGGCCACGUAUGAGCCUUCUUGGACAACAGCUGGGCUGACAUCCAUGUCUGGGGGACAUCCUGGCCUUGCCCGCGGGUUCAGCUGGUAUUUCUGAGCCACAAUAGUGAGGGGGUUCGGGUUCAGGUAGCGAAUGUCAGCUUUCAGCCCUUGGCCCUGGUCUCUGGGCUGAGAGAAGCAGCCUGCUUGCCGGAACCCACAGACUCCUGAGUGCAGCUGGGGACGUCAGGAGCCCCUGGGUCUGCAGAUGUUUCCAUGAGGAGCAAAGUUCAAUACAUCCACGGCACAGCCAUCCUUCCCGGCACGGCUCUGCUCCACACCCCCCUACUGCCCAGGAGCCCUGCUCAGGGCCUUCAUGCCUGUCACCCCAGCGUUCCUCCUUCUAGACAGGUCAGCUACGGAAGGCACUGCGGCCUUCGUUUUGUAGCAGGGUCAUGGUUAGAUAAUAUUUUCUACAAAACCUCCUUGCACACCAUCUCUGAGUCCUGUUGCCCAGAGGGUUCAACACUCGGCAGCCCCAGGGCUCUCCCCCAGGCCUCUUUGGUCAGCAGCCCAAGACAACAUGGGAGGGGCUUCCUCUGGGCCCCAGAGCAGGGAAGAGCCAGAAGGGGCUGGAAGCCCCCCACUCUACCUGUCUCUGAGCCCCCGUGGGGCACCAUCCCUCUGCCCAGGAGAUAAGGCAUGUCUCAACCACUGGAGGCAAAACCCUCUCUCUGAGGUGGGGUGUAGACGUGACCGAAGGGGCUGCUGCCUGGAAUUGGUGCUCUGGCCUGUGGGUGGCUUUGGCUGGGUGGCCCUUCCCUGCCUCUCUCCAUUAAUGCCCAGGGCCAGGGUCCUGCUCCUACCUGCUUGGGCCCCGAGCCCCUCCAGGAACCUUCCUUCCCACCGCCUGGUGACCCUUGGUCUUGACCCAUUCCUCUGUUUUCCCUGGGCCUUGCCACCUGGUCUGGGGUCUGCACAUCCUUCCCUCUGAAGGACUUCUACUGGUCAGACUUGAAAAAUGGAGUUUCUCUGGGUGUGCUGGUGAGCAGAGUGCCCUCCUCCUGCUUUGUGCUGUCCCCAAUGCUCUUUCAGAAAACAUUAAACUUGGACCACGUGUCUCAGCAUCACGGCCUCCUCAGUUUGCUCCUUGAACCAAAUCCUCCUCUUUCCUCUCCCCAUCCCUGCACCCCACCUACUGCCCGUUGGAAGCCUGGGGGUCCCCAGCUUGGCACCUGGGAACAUAGGUAGCCAGUGGGCACAGCCUGGGCCCGGAAUGGCCUUGUUCCUCGGGGGACACACUUUAUAGGCUCAGCUGGACAUGGUCGCAUUGGGCAUCCUGUGCUUAGCGGAGCCUGCGAGCGGCCGGGCAGGAGGCAGGGCUUGGGCAAGUGUGAUCUGGGUCCCGGGGCUGCCGUAACAAACCGCCACAAGCCCGAUGGCUUGAAACAACACACAUUUAUUCUCUCGCAGCUUUAGAGUCCCGGACUCCUACACUGAGGUGUUGACAGGGCCCUGUUUCCUCCCAAGUCUUUAGGGAAGGAUUCUUCCUUGCUUCUUUUAGCUUCCGGUGGUCCCGGUAUUCUGUGGUUGGUGGCUGAGUCACUCUGAUCUCUGCCUA